AUGGCGGCGUUCCGUGCGGCGGGCAAAAUGGCGGAUCGGGUUCCCGCGCAAUGCCGCACGAAGAUGGAGCCCGGCGAUGUGCUCUUUUUCGCCGUGUCGGCCGCCGGCUCAGCGGCGGAGUGCGCGCGCGAUAACUGCGGACUUCUUCUCCUGUUUGUGGCACUGGCCCUGUUUUCGUACGCCGUGUACAAGAGCUUCCUGAGGCCGCCGAUUUACGUGACGGAGAUGACGGAAGUUGGCUUCGACCACAUACCGCGCGGGGUGGACAGGGCGCUACACAUAACUAGGGCGCAGAGCUCCAAGCAGCUCGGCAAGAAGCUGCCACCUCCCUACCCCAACGGGUGGUUCGUGGUCGCCGAGAGCAGAGACCUGAAGGUCGGGAAGGUGGUGCCAGUGGACGCACUAGGUUUGAAUCUGUGCGUGUACCGUGGCGAGGACGGGCUGGCUCGCUGCGUGGACGCCUACUGCCCACACCUGGGCGCGAACCUGGCUAUCGGCGGGACAGUCUGUGGCAGCUGCAUCGAAUGCCCGUUCCACCAGUGGCGGUUCGGAGCCGACGGCGUCUGCGUCAGCAUACCCGGCGUCGAUGCGGAUGUUCCCACUGGCUUCUGUCCCUCCCGUAGUGCACAAAGGUACUCUAGCAAUUUCGAGACCUUCGCACUGGUUUCUGUCUCUGCCACAGUGCCCAAAGGGAUAUCCAUCAAGACCUGGCGGACGAUGGAAGUGGACGGCGCCGUCUGGAUCUGGUACGACGCCGAGGGCCGCGAGCCGCUGUGGUCGGUCCCCGAAGCGGCAGAGCUGAAGAAGUGGGGGUUCAGAGGGAGAAACGAGUUCCUGGUCAACGCUCACAUCCAGGAGAUCCCGGAGAACGGCGCGGACAUCGCCCACCUAAACGCCAUCCAUUCCACGUCGCUUCUGACCGACAUCGGGGAUAAGUUCCCGUUCUUGCACAACAUCAUAGGUCGGCACAUCUGGUCUGCUGAAUGGUCUAAGGGCGAGGAGGACCACAUCGCGACUGUUGACAUCGUCCAUAAAUACGUCAUCAUGAAGUUCAACACCUUCACUAUGAAAGUCACGGUCAUGCAGAUCGGCCCGAGCCACGUGCGACUGCGCUUCAACUCCCCGCUCGGACCCAUCCUUGUCUCGCAGUCGGUGACUCCGUUAAGCGCGCUUUUGCAAAAGGUCGUCAACAGGAUCUACUCUCCGACGCUUAACGCCCCUCUAGGAGCUUGGAUGGUGCUCGGCGAAGCGUAUCAGCUGAAACGCGACGUGGCGAUAUGGAACAGCAAGCGGUACGUCCACUCGCCUACUUACGUGAAGACGGAUAGGACGAUACGCGCCUUCAGAUCCUGGUUCAUGCAGUUCUACAGCGAGAAGAGCAUCCCACUAAGGCAGGCAAUGCAGAACCCACUCGACUGG